AUGAUGGAUGCGGUCAGAAGCGAUAUUGCUCUUUCCAUCGAGAAAUCGUUCAAAUUGUUAAGUACACGUGAUGCGGCCAAUAUGUUGCUGUUUACUAGUGACGCUCAGGUCAACGAAUUCGCCAAGCAGCGGAAGUGGAAGAGCGAACAUGGUUGUUUCGUAUUUGAAACGGAGACGGGUCAUACGGACAAGCCAACGCUGGAUACGGCUCGCAUUGCCAAGCAAACGAUCUUCUAUGCAAAACAAUUGGAAAUGAUCGUUUAA